AGUUGCGGUUAUCUGCUCCGCUUUCACCCGGGGUAACAUGGACACCGCAGAUACUAGCGUUACUUUUCUAAUUCACAGGUAAACAGACGUGCGUGGAACAUCUUCGUCCAUGCGGGACGUAUUGUAGAGCCUGCUCGACAUUACAGUUUAUUCACCCCCAAGGUAAGUUCGUUUGGAGAAGACAAGAAGCAAAAUACACUGCAAAAUGCCGUCACCACAAGUCCUCCAGCCUGUUCUUAAGAUGAAAGUGGAUGAGCUCUUUCUUAACUGGUUGAGUGAUCCUGCCACACAGUCACUUCUCAAGGAUUAUCUUGACCUAAUCAAAACUGGACAAGACAUUGACCUGAGCAGUGGGGAACCGCAGGACAAAAGGUUGUUGACCUUCAACGAGAACAACAAUGUUGCAUCCCAAAAGAACCUGGCAGAAAAGAAGCCUGCCCACCUUGGUACUCCCUCCAGCCCCCCAUCUGCCAGCACCCUGCCCUCUGGUAGUAGCAGUAAUACAAGAAUGACUGGACCCAAUGGUAGAGUACUACGGCGGUCUGUCAGCACAAAAAAGGAUGAGGAUGAGGGAGCUCUCCCUGCGUCAGGACCCUGACCUGAGGAAGGAGUUGGCUCUGCUGGCACGCGGCUGUGACUUUGUGCUGCCCUCUCGAUUCAAGAAGAGGCUCAAAGCCUUCCAGCAAGGACAGGCCCAGGUGAGGACGGAGGAGCCCGUCACCACAGCGCUGAGUGAAAGCAUUCCAAAGUUUUACUUCCCCCUGGGCCGGCCCCAAGCCAACAUCAACAUCGACAACCUCAUUUCCAAAGUUGAGAAAAUAUUUUCCCAAUUCCCAAAUGAAAGGGCCACCAUUGAGGACAUGGGGCAGGUUGCCAAGGCCUGCGAGUGCCCUCUCUACUGGAAAAUGCCAUUGUUCUGCUUGGCUGGAGGCGACAGGACGGGCUUCGUGUCUGUUCACAAAUUUGUGGCUAUGUGGAGAAAAACUCUGCAGACCCGUCACGACGACGCUUCUAAAUUUGUGCACCUCUUGGCCAAGCCUGGCUGUAAUUACCUGGAACAAGACGACUUUAUUCCAUUCCUGCAGGAUGUUGUGAACACACACGCAGGCCUGGCCUUCCUGAAGGAGGCGCCAGACUUUCACUCAAGAUACAUCACCACGGUGAUUCAGAGGAUAUUCUACAAUGUGAACCGGUCAUGGAAUGGAAAAAUAACAUGUACUGAACUCAGGAAAAGUAACUUUCUUCAGAACGUGGCUUUGCUGGAGCAGGAAGAAGACGUGAACCAGCUGACAGAGUUCUUCUCCUAUGAACAUUUCUAUGUUAUCUACUGUAAGUUCUGGGAGCUGGAUACUGACCACGACCUUUACAUUGACCAGAAGGACCUGGCACAGCACAAUGACCAAGCCAUCUCCCAUAAGAUGAUUGAGAGAAUAUUCUCAGGAACGGUAACAAGGCAAGACAAAAUAGACAGACGGAUGUUUAAGGAAGGGCGACUGAGCUACGCUGAUUUUGUGUGGUUCCUCAUCUCUGAAGAAGACAAGAAGACUGAAACCAGUAUAGAGUACUGGUUCCGCUGUAUGGACCUGGACGGGGAUGGGGUGCUCAGCAUGUACGAGCUGGAGUACUUCUACGAGGAGCAGUGUCAGAAGCUGGAGACCAUGGCCAUCGAGCCCCUUCCUUUCGAGGACUGCCUCUGCCAAAUGCUGGACCUGGUCAAGCCUGAGGUGGAAGGUAAGAUCACGCUGCGGGACCUUAAAAGGUGCAAGUUGUCCCACAUCUUCUUCGACACGUUCUUCAACAUAGAGAAGUACCUGGACCACGAGCAGAAGGACCCGUUCUCCGUGAUCAGGGAGUUGGAGACAGACGGACAGGAGAUGUCAGACUGGGAGAAAUAUGCAGCAGAGGAGUACGACAUCCUGGUGGCUGAAGAGGCCGCCAACGAUCAGUGCAACGACGUGUAUGAAAAUCCUCUGAGCCCUCUAGGGCAGCACAUCUCCACUGACCUGGGUCUGACAAAGAGACACUUCUUUGAGAUCCCAAGUCCACACUGCAACCUCGACCUGGAUGAAUAUGAAUAUGAAGACGACUAUGAAUGACCCGACAUCCUGAAGGUUUUUUGGGGUUUUUUUUUUUCACACAUCUGCUGAGACACACAAAGUUAUUGGACGAAUCUCCUCAAGCUAGAAAGAUUUGCAGGUUCAGGCCGGUUCCCAUCCUGCAUACCAGGCAACACUUCAUUAAACUGGAAGUGAUCACAGUGCCAAACGACUCUGUUGGAGCUCUGUUGGGUCGGAUGUGCCUGAGGAAUCUGAUACCGUAUUACACAUUUGGGAAACGGGAGAUGUGACGCGGUUUGAGCACAAUACGGUAUCACAUUCCGAUACCAACACCAGAUUAACUGCCAAUGAGUCUGCCAUUAUUACACAGAUGUCAUAACCAAUUGGACCCCCAAUAAUGAACUGGUUUCAGGUAAAUUAUCAUGCGACAACCAACAACAGUGGGGGGGUUGGCAGAGAGUAUAAAGCUUAAGCUAGAAAAAUGUCAGAAAUCAUGGUUUUUCACCAAUUUGUCACUCUGUAUCUGAUGAUAUCCAACCAUGGGUAUCAGAUCGAUAUCAGUUUGACAUAAAUGAUAUCGGAACAUCUCUAUUCUACCUGAUCCCUUUUUUUCUUUUUUUUCAAGUCCCAAUACCAACUUUAUGACACGAGCAGCUCAUUCAGACCUUUGCUUCAUCGCCAUGGCAACACAUUGAGGGUUGUGGUUUGCAUGUAACGCUUUGUACAGAUGAUGUGUUGUCGAGUGUUUUUUCAUCAGCGCUGUUGUCACACUCACACGGGCUAAAUCGCAUUCUUUGCACACUGGAGCUCGCUGGAUGUUUUGCACAUAAAACACGUAGAUUGGAUUCAGGAUCUUGAACUAAUUCUCAUCUGAUGUCAUUGGCUAAUACAUUCCAGUGAUAACGGAAAACUGUAAAAAAAAAAAAUGUAUUCAUAGAUGUUUUGCUGAAAUGAGGAGUUUCUGUAAAUGCCAAACAAGCCACCUUAAAGCCUGCUGUACACACGAGCACACAGUCCACACUGACACGCUGGGUAUAUUGUACAGGUCUGUAUUCAUUAUGAUGUCCACUUUCUGUCUGUGUGAGGUGGGGUUCUAAAUUAUUAGAGAUGGAUUUAUAAAUAAGUGUAAAUAUUUAUUUGGUGCUUGCUGUGUUGUAUAUGGUUUUGGCAAGUGUUUUUAGAAAUAUUGUUUUUCUAUGUUAUGAAGUCAUUUGAAUGUACUUUCACAAAACAAAAGGAACCAAUUUACAAACGCUGUGCUUUUCUUUAAAUUCAUAAUAAAGCCUUGGUUAAUUAAAGAGUA